UCCACAGUUCACAAUGUAUUUUUGUGCAAAAACCAAACCAAAGGAUCAAAGGGAUUGCCUGUGGAGCUCAGAGACAGGAUUGUGUCGAGGCACAGAGCUGGGGAAGACUACAAAACCAUUUCUGCUGCAUUACAGGUUCCCAAGAACACAGUGGCCUCCAUCAUUCUGACAUGGAAGAAGUUUGGAACAACUAAAACUUCCUAGAACUGGCUUCCUGUUCAAACUGAGCAAUCGGGAGAAGGGCCUUGGUAAGAGAGGUGACCAAGAACCCGAUGGUCACUCUGACCGAGCUCCAGAGAUCCUCUGGAGAUGGGAGAACCUUCCAGAAGGACAGCCAUCACUCCAGCACUCCAUGGAUCUGGGCUGUAUGGCAGAGUGGCCAGACGGAAGCCACUCCUCAGUGCAAAACACAUGACCGCUUGGAUUACUCUCGGACUGAGGAACAAGAUUCUCUGGUCUGAUCAAACUAUGAUUGAACUGUUUGGCCUCAAUUCUAAACGUCACGUCUGGAGGAAACCAUGCACUGCUCAUCACCUGUGCAAUACCAUCCCAACGGUGAAGCAUGGUGGUGGCAGCAUCGUGCUGUGUUUUUUGUUUUCAGUGGCAGGGACUGGGAGACUAGUCGGGGUCGACGGAAAGCUGAAUGGAGCAAAGUACAGGGAGAUCCUGAAUAAAAACCUGCUCCAGAGCGCUCUGGACCUCAGACUGGGCCGACUGUUUCACCUUCCAACAGGACAACGAUCCUAAGCACACAACCAAAAUAACUCAGCAGUGGCUUAGGGAGAACUCUGAAUGUCCUAGAGCGGCCCAGCCAGGCCCCGGACUUGAACUCAACUGAACAUCUCUGGAGAGAGACCUGAAAAUGGCCGUCCAUCAGCAGGUCACCAUCCUUCAGAAUCACACCAGCUGUUUCUUGAGGAUUCCACUAGCAGUGCAUGGUUCUGCAAAUAAUUCACCAUGGUUGGAAAAGUGCUUUCAAAAGGCCUCCGGGAUAAAGUUGUAGAAAGGCACAAGUUAAGUGAAGGCUACAAUUUUAUUCAGCGACUAAAUAGAUCUAGUGGAGCGACGUCAUCACGUGAUGACGGCGCUGCGUAUUUAGCUGUGGCAGCAGGGGACGUAACGUCAGACUGGGAACUUCUGUCGUUGGGAAUUGAACUUGGCCAUACAACCGGCUACUUGUGUGAAACGUCCGAUAGCUACAAACCAGGACAUCUCGAGACUUUGCUUAAUACAUCCAAAAUUAACUGCAUGGAUGUCGAAGAAAUGACGUCGCAAAUCCGACAAAACUUCCACCAGGACUGCGAGGCUGCCAUUAACAGGCAGAUAAACCUGGAGCUCUAUGCCUCUUAUGUUUAUCUCUCUAUGGCAUACUAUUUUGACAGGGAUGAUAAAUCCCUACCAAAUUUUGUAAAGUUCUUCCACGCACAGUCCAAAGAAGAGCGCCAGCAUGCAGAGAAGCUGAUGAGUCUGCAGAACCAGCGCGGAGGCAGAAUCUUUCUGCAGAACAUCAGGAAACCUGAUCGAGAUGAGUGGGGCGGUGGCCUGGAGGCUUUGGAUAGUUGCUUGCAGCUGGAGAAAAGUGUAAACCAAUCCUUGCUGGACCUGCAGAAAAUGGCGGCUGAGCACAAUGAUCCUCAUUUGUGUGACUUCAUAGAAACACAUUUUCUGGACGAGCAGGUCAAAUCCAUCAAACAGCUCGCUGACUGGAUAUCCAACCUGCGCCUCAUGGGAGCCCCUCAGAGCGGCAUGGCUGAAUACCUCUUUGACAAACACACCAUGGCUGACGAGGGCAGUUAAACUGCGCUGUGACACUGAUGAUCAUCCUGGUCAACCUGCAUGCCAGCCUUCCCCGUUCCCUGACUUGUAUUGCAUGUAAUGUGGAGAACACGGCUUUAUUUAUUGUUUGUUAGCUGUAAAGCAACUUCCAAAUAUUCGACAGGCACAGAUGGCUCUCUAAACUGGACUACUGCAGAACUCUCCUCACGUUACAUACCCGAUUACAGUGGAUCUAAGAGAUGUGUGACUGAGAAACUUGAAUUCAUGCCAGUUAUGUGUUCAUACUUUCUAAUAUUGUACCUGAUAUGAUGGUAAUAUGUCUGAGCUGAAAUUUUAAAUGCAUUUUAUUUUUUUUAUUUUUAUUUUUUUAAAUACAAUUUUCUUUGUGUAGUUAAUAUUUUUAAAGUAUUUUAUAAUAUAAAUUACAAUGCAACGGAAAUAAUAAAUUCCGUUUCUAAUUCCUCUUCAUUAUAAUAAUUUUUAGUUAAUUACUAUGAGUCGUCUGGUACAUCAUCUUUCACAUACGGUCCACAUUUGUCUCCUGAUUUAGCAUUUUCUUUAUUUCUUUAUUUCAAGGCUUAAAUUUAAUGAUACCUCAUUUUGAUAUUAUGUAAUUUUUGUACAUUAUAUUGUUCCUGCAAAGAUUGAAUUUAAGAGGACAUACAAUUUCCUUGUAUAAUAAAAUAUUAAUAAAUAAUUUCAAGCUUAAUUCUUUUGAGAAAAAAUUAGGGAAAGAUAAGAUACUUAAUAUCUAUUAAAGAGUACAUUGAUGACAAUGCUAAAAACACUCAAUUCUGUAAGAAUAAAGACAUUUUGGCUUCUUGGAA